AACGCAGAGGAUCUAUCGAUCGGAAAGGUUAGGCGGAGAUAUAGGCUAACUGUGAUAAUGGUCAAAAUUUGUGAUUUUUAAAGCUUGACAGAGCGUCGUACGUUGAGAAACUAUCAAGAUUCUCGUCCAGGACUUUUAGAGAUGAUAUGGAAGGUAUUUUGUAUAUUUGUUUGUCUCCUGGUGUGUGGAAUCAACGGAUUUUCAGACCCUUACAGGGUUCUUGGCAUACCCAAAUCAUCAACAGUACCGGAAAUAAGGAAGGCUUACAAAAAUUUAGCAAAAGAAUGGCAUCCAGACAAGAACCAUGACCCAGCUGCUGAGGAAAAGUUUGUUGAAAUAACCCAAGCAUAUGAGCUGCUCUCUGAUCCUGAAAGACGCAAGCAAUUUGAUUUGUAUGGUGUCCUUGGAGACUCUGCUAUUGCGAGGGAAAAACGUGAAUACAACCAGCAAUAUCAAAAGAAAUUUGAUUUUAUGGAUGAAUUAUUUGGGUUCCCUGGAUAUGGAUCUUUUCGAUUCAGGCGUUCUGAACCUGAUAUAACAUCAUUUCAUAAGCUGAGCGUCACAACCAAAGCAUAUGAAAAUAAUUUGGUGCCCAAAAGCUUCCGCAUUCCUUAUCUUAUUCUCUUUUACUCUGAUUGGUGCUUCCCUUGCCUUCAAAUUGAACCUCUCUGGAGAAAAAUAAUAGAAGAAUUAGAACCAAUCGGAGUUGGAGUUGCUACUGUUCACUCAGAAAAUGAUGCUCUGCUUGCAAAGAAGGUUGGAAUCCGAUCCCUGCCUACCAUGGCACUCUUAAUGGAGGGUAAAUCAACCAUAUACAGAGAGCCCAUGAUUAGUGCGCACAAAAUUGUUGAGUUUAUUCGUGGGAAAUUUCCUUAUAACUUGAUGCAAACUGUGAAUGAUGAUAAUGCCCAUGAUUUUUUAAGAGGCUGGGUUGACAACCGCGUGAGAGCACUUAUUUUUGAAAACAAGGAACAGCCACGGUUGCGCUACUUACUUACAGCAUACCACUUUCGUGACCGAGUAGCAUUUGGGUCUGUCAACAUUGGAAAUAUGGACACGGUUGAGUUGCAAAAGCAGUUCAAAAUUGCUCAUGAUGCUGACACGCUAUUAAUAUUUAAUGAAAAUCAUAGUCGCCCUAUUGUUAGUUUGUCUAUGGCUGAUAUACCAGUGAAUACUAUGCAAGAUGUCAUCAGUAGAAAUAAGUAUUUAGUAUUGCCAAGGCUCUCCUCACAGACUCUUUUGGAUGCCUUAUGCCCUCCUGAAUGGGCUAAACCACGAAAACGGUUAUGUGUUGUACUUGUUUCUGAGAACACUCCAUAUCAUGACACUCCCCGUCAAGCUCUGCGCCAAUUUGCUCAAGAGUCAACCUACAAUUCUGAUAGAGUACGAUUCACCUAUAUUUUCAAAGAACGUCAGAGUGAAUUUAUAAGUUCUCUAUCAACUGGUGAAGGAAGCCCUGUGGAAUCAAUCUUACACAUUGUUAUCCUAUGGCGACGCGACGCUUCUCACAUUAAAUAUGAAUGGCUUCCUUAUGGAUUAGAUGCAUCAGUUGAUCAAUGGAAUGAUACAAAAUCACACUUGGAAUCAACAAUACACCGCCUUCUUCAGUCUAAUGCAGCUCUGUCUGGUGAAGCAAUCGUUAAGGAAUUAAUUGAUGAGCAUGCUCAGGGCAUGGUUACGCGCAUGGUUAAUAAACUUUUGCUAACAGCUGAUUUUUUGAAGGAGUCUAUAGGCAAAGACCAAAUUUUACCAGCUAUAUCUGUGCUUGGAACUAUCCUGUUCAUCAUUGGUGGUGGUUAUCUCAUGGCUUAUCUUGUGCGACUUGAAGAAGAGAGCAUAAGCAAGAAUAAAAAUGAUGACAGUAGUAAGAGCUCCUCAGAAAAUGGCAAGAAUGGCAGUUAUGUACCAGAGUUAAAAUUGCAUGAGAUGAGGGCAGAGAACUACAAUGGUCUUGUACGUUUGUUGAAACCUGGUUGUCGGACAAUUAUACUACUGGUGGAUAUGCAGUCGAGGACUUCCCUAUUACCAAGCUUCCACAAAACUGUUUGGCCAUAUCGGAAGAAUAAAACUCUGAUGUUUGCACAUCUGUCAUUAGACCGUGGCCUUGAGUGGUACAAAAGAUUGUUGCAGCUAAGCUUACCUGAGCCUCGAGAAUUGAACAUUAAUCCACGGAAUUGUAUUGGUACUGUCUUAUCUUUGAAUGGUCACAGAAAAUAUUUCUGUAUGUACCAUGCCAAACAUCCAGAAUGUAACCGUGGCCAAGGCUCUAAGCGUAUGGUUAAAAUGACUAAACAGUUUAGUAAUCCUCCUUUCAAUGCCGGAAGUGGUGCCUUCAUGGGGUUCGAAACAAGUGAAUCUGAAAGUGACACAGAAGAUAUUGAAAAGGGAGCCCGUCAACUUAGCGAGGGAUCAGGCGACUCAGCUGGAGUUCUUUUCCAAGGGAACUUGUUAGACGGUCUCCCCAAUUGGCUUGAUAGAUUGUUUGAGGGAAGUACCCACAGGUAUUAUGUAAACUACUGGCCAGACUUUACUGGUAAAUGAGUUGGUUUUUAUGUUUUGGGAAGUAGCUCCUUGAUGGCACUGGUCUUGGAGCAUCUUCUUUUUGGCUGCACCUAAUUUGCAGGUACCAGUUUACUCUUUUUUAUGUGGGUUUGAAAGCUAUCAGAAAUUAGUAUCUGAAAGUAAAGUGAUCAAUUUGAUUGAAAUUCAAGGAGUGAAUUUAUGACAACAUGAAAUGUAUGUGCAUUGCAGUCAAAUUGAGUCAUAAGAGAAGUAAGCUGAGGACUAUAAUCAAUUAAUCAAUUGUCGGAUGUCCAUCUCCACUGAGAACCAAGAGUUUGUGCGUCUAUGUAUUUUAUGUUUAUGAUCAUGGCUGACCCAACCAUGCCUGUUUAGGAAAUUAUUAUCACCUCAAGUGUGUUACUGUUAAGGAGAGUACGCUCUGCUCCAACAAUUAUUUGUCCCGUUUUUUCAUUGUGUAUGCCAUUUCACUUGAUUCACACAAAGUAUCUGGUAUAGAAUUUGUGGUCUGCAUUGUUGUCAAAGGAGACUUGGCUGUAUAUUUUUUGCCUUGAGUUGGUUGGUUUGUUUGUUUGUUUGCUUGACUGUUAAUGAUACCUAAUUGUAAGUUUUGUGUUUCAAUUGUGAUCAAGAAAUGCUUCUAAUACUGUACCUUGUUGGCAUGUACAUCUCCUAAUUGAAUUUCAAUGCCGACUGUGGGGCAAUGUGAGAAAAUCAGUCAGUGUUGUACGAAGAAUCAGUGGUAUUAUUAUUAUUAUUAUUAUUGUUAUUAUUAAUAUUAUUGAAUCUUUAAAUAACGUAAGUACAUUUACCAAGCUGCACUAUAUACUGAGUUAAUCACUGUGCCGUUUAGCAUGUGGAUGAGCCAAGCUUGUCAUAAGCAUGAUGCACAUCAUAUGUAAGCCAUUUCUUUUAGAUUAUUAUGAGUCAGUAAGUAUCAAAAUUAGCCCCAUGAAUCUGUUUUGUCAUUUACUAUCUUGCUCACCUAUUUCCUUCAAGAAAUUCAAAAUCCUUGAGGAGUUUAUCUAUCUAGGUAUAUUCUAUCUUUAUUUUCAGCUCUUGUAUUAUGUACUGUCAUUUAGUAUGUAUUGCUGUUGCUGUUCAGGAAAAAUCUCAAACUCCAUAGGUAGAAAAGUCAAAGAAAACCACACCCUUAUCUUUAUAGGAUACAGGAGAGUUCCAUUGAAAAGUAAGAAACAACAGUUGUAAAAUCCCAGUGCACUUAGUUUUGCACUAUUCUUUAUACUUAAUCUGUAUUUACCAACUGUUAUUUAAGCCAUGUUUCAAGUAUCUGUAUUUAUUUCUUCUUACAAGCGCUCUCUUAAUUUUGUUUGAGGUACAUUUUCCCCUCCCCUUCUUGUAGAAUAUUAAACAUUUUGCUAGUAAUCAUUGCAUUUCUUGUUCAUGUGAGAGUACAGUCACUUUUCUGUAAAUCUCAACAUAAAAGAAAUAUUUUGUUUAAUGUUUCCAAAAGACACCUUAUCAAGUACCAUGUGAGCCCCUUAAUAAUUAAUCGUGUCCUGAUAGAAUUCAUGAUUGUUAAUCCUAAUAAAUACAUGCACUUGUGAUGCAUCAUGAAUAGCGAGAUAGAAUCUCAAAACUUAUGCAUGAUGAUGGUAUGUAUGGUAAUUUGCAACAUCUGCUCGUAGUUUGGUCAGAAUUUCUUAAUUAAUAUUUGUACACUGUACAUAUGUGAUCUGUGUAGGAGGAAUUAUGAUUUUAAAGCGGUCUGUGAUUGCUGUCUUAUUUAGUGCAGCAUUUCUAAGAUUGAUUCAACAAAAUCAGAAAAUCAUGAAAGUAACUCAUGCAUUUCUGAAACCAAAAAUCUUUUGCACCAGAAACAGGUGGCAUGUAGAGUGGACCAAAAAGUCUGGUGUUUGAUAUCUAUUUCAAGCCUCAGACCUCCUUAAUUGAAUGAUAAGCUGUUCUCCCCAAAUAAUCUAGAUUUCCAUCUUUAAAUUGGAUGUGUAGUUACUUAAUUGAUUUGAUUUCACAUCUUAUGAAUUGAAAAUUGAUUUUUUUAAGCAAGAUCUUAAACACAAGUGCUUUUUUAAAAUAAUUAAAUGCUCUCUUAAGUUUACUCUUUUUGUCAUGACUAGGCAUCAUCUUUUUGAGAGAAGUGGUGCUAACACAAAUUUUGCAUGCCAAAUUGUUAUACUUUCUCUAGAGCUCUGAUGACAGUGCCAUUGCUUGUUGCUGAUUUACUUUGAGUUUUCAAUUUUUAAUGGACCAAAUACAAAGUAGAACUGCAUGGAGUUUCUUUUAGCUUUGAGCUAAGGGAUUUCUUGUCACACAGCUUCUCCUCGCUCAGUACAUUUGACUGUUCAAUACUUUUUAACCUAAAUGAAAGGUACAGUUCAUAGAGUUACAGAGUUUAUAAUGAAGUUAUUGUUCUCUAAUGUGCUGGAAUUGUGGAAAAGGCCUUAUUUAACUUGUGCAUUUAAGCACACAGGUAAAACCCACAUUUUUUCUGAAAAGAACAUUUUUUAUUGGACCUUCCAGGAUAUAUGUUAAGUUGCUCAAUUUCUGCUUGUAGAAAGUUAUACAAAGUUCUGCUUUAAGUUGUGAAGUGGUAUGCAUUCUAGUUUCAGCUCUGUAAAAGAAAUUUUUCAUUUGUUUAUUUUUGCUUAACUUGUUAGUCAAGUGUCUGUAAUGAGCGUAACACUACCUUUGAGUUACCAAUGGCUUAACCCUUUUUAGUGAAAUUUUAUAAACUGUGAUUUCAUUUUGUUUGAUGGCAAAUUUUAAACAAUCCCUAGUAUUUUCUAUUGAAGCCUCACACUUUUCUGUCUUAGUCAUGAAAUCCUUAAGUAUUGUUUGCUUUUGUGCCCAGAUGCAGCUAUAAGAGAUUGAGAUUAUGCAACUCAACAAAGGUGUUUUAGUUAACUAAUAUGACCAUAUUAUCAAAAUCCAUAUUAACAAGAUUGAUGAAUUUGCCUUAUGUUUGUUCUCUAUAAUGGAUGUGUGGUUGUGGUUAGCUACACUCGCUAUGCUUUAAUUUGUAUUCUGUGUUAUUGUGUAGUGCAUAUGUUUUGAUGAUUUCUACUUCCUAGAAAUGAUUUACUAUUUUCUUUUUUACCAUUUCUUGCCUGUGCCAAGUUUAUUUAUAUUAUGUCAGAAACCUGUUUGACAGGGAUCCUGUAUUUUAUCUGUAUCACUGCCAGUUGAAGUUCUUCAUAAAGAGAGAGAGGGAUACCAUCAGCUUGGUGACCAAAAAGGAUUUAAAGUUUUGAAAUUGAGUAAUGUUUGUGAGAAUUUUGGUAACCAAUGGUGAAAAUGAUUGAUGGCGAAGUAAGAAAGCUUAAGAUGUAAGGAUGAUGUGCUCAAACUGUAUUGGACAAAAAUCUUAAGUCAUGACUUCCAUGGUUCUAUAGUCAAUUUAUGGUAGCUUUAAUGCAAUGUAUUUUGACAUUCAUAAUCAUUGUAGUGUUGAAUUGAAAUAUAACAAUAUAUCUAUUGUUAAUUCUGUAGUCUUAUGUUAUCUAUUUGCCAUCAAUCAAAAUACUGAACUUUUGAGAAACAUUACGUUUAGUUUACUCAAUGUGUACUGCUAGGAUAUCGCACAAAUUUUCCUCUCUACUGGAGUUAUAUCAUGACCCAUGUUUCAUCUCCUAUUCUCAGGUACCAGAAAAUUUAGUAAUUUGUAUGCUCAUUCAAUAACAUGGAUGAAUUGCCUUUUCUUCAAAUCCAACCUUCCCUUGUAGCACAUAUCGUUCUUAGAACGUUUACAGAACCUUCAGAGAACCAACAGAACAUUCUCAGAACGUUGUCUGAAUGUGUGGUGCUACAAGGGUUACUAUGUACGGAAGAAAGUUCAAACUAUUGUAUGAUCCUUUUCAGGCCACUGCAAUUUGUUAAUGUUGAAAAGAAGAUGCAUGCAAAGUGAGAAAUAUUCUAGUCCCUGUCUUUUCAUCUACCAUCAUUUUUAAUACAGAGGGUACAUAAAUGUGUUAUAUUUCAACCCUCAGAAUUCAUUCUCUUUUUAAUUUUUAUGCCACUCUAGAUUAUUUUUUUUGUACAAACUGAAGCCCAUAGAGGACUUUAACCCUGCCUUACUCUAGUCAUGUUUUAUUUUAUUAUUAUGUAUGUUGUACAGCAAUCGCCAGAAAUUCAUUUCCCUUUUUCUUUUACAUGUUUUACCUAUGCAGUUAUGAUAUGGCUUUGAGUCCUUACUAUUAUCCUAUGUAGUAAUUAACCAUGAAAUGUAUUUCAUCGAGUAAUUAUGUUCCAUUUAUUGUAUUAUUUCCUCAUAUGUAUUGAUGCUUUAAUGAAAAUGCCAACUUUUUCUGUUACCAUUGAUUUUAUUUGUCUGCGGAGUGUUUAACAUGCAUGCGAGUGCCAAGCUGUGCGUAUUACAAAUUUAAAAUUUGGUCAAUUUUUAUGAAAAACAGAUUUGCCAUACAAAAUACUGUAAUCACUAAAUUGUUAAAAUUACUGUUCUUUUUCAAAUCAAAAGAUGCUAUCUUCAGUUGUCAUAGUAAUUUUACCACAACCAAAGUUAAUUUAUUUGAAAAAUAUUUCAACUGCAAGAGUGUAAAGGAUUUUUGUCAACUGAAUUGUAUCUCUCUCAAGUGUUGUGUCAAUUUGACUUACAAAAUGAAAUACCGGUGCAUAUUAUUUACUUUUAUUCAGAGAAGAAUGUUAGCUUACAUUGUCUUGUACAACUUGAACCAUCUGUCUGAUCUAAGUCUUUAUUUCUAUUCCAUCUAGUCCAGAUGCUCUUUAAGUAUUUACAAAACUCGAUAGUGUAGCGAAGCUUGGCUUGUAAAUUUGUCAACCGCACAUCACUCUCUCCCCCUCUGUGAAACCAAACUAGAUAUUGUCCAGGUUUUCAUACAUUUUGAAAUACAUUUCUUAAAGACUGAA